AUGCAUGCUAGUAGGCUGCCUGAUGACAAGACUUGGGCUAUUAAAAAGAUAUGGCCAGAUGUCCAUAAUUGUAGGGGUUUAGAAAUGUACAAUCCUAUUUAUACAGUUAGAUGGGCUGCACCUAAGGUCAUGGAAGACAUAAGGGCUAAUCCAAAUAUUCGUGGAAAGGCCCUAAAUGAGCUUUUAUUUCAAAGGUUUUGCAUUUACUUGAAGAAAGCCGCCACCUUGUAUAGGUUGAAGAGAUUUGUUGUUCAUGAGAUUUUUGGAAGACAUGAUGAGUCAUAUAGUCAUCUUCCUAGAUAUGCUGAAGUAAUAAUGAACACCAAUCUUGGAUCUAAGGCUUUUGUUGCAUGGCAUGAGAGUGAAAGCAUUCCAAGAGUUAACUUGUUCAGCAUCAUAUUCAUCUCAUUUGCUGGACAGUGGAAAGGCUUUCUAGCAGGGUGCAGGCCAUUAAUUGGAGUUGAUGGAACACAUUUGAAGGGUAAUUAUGGAGGAGUUUUAUUGUCUGUUGUUGCCUUGGAUCCAAACAAUAAGAUUUACCCACUUGCAUAUGCAACUGUAAGCAGUGAAGACAAAGACACCUGGAGUUAUUUUUUCUGGCACAUUCACAACAUAGUAAAAGAUUUAGGGAGAACAAAUUGGACAAUCAUUUCUGACAGGCAGAAGGGUGUUGAUGUUGCAUUGAAAAGUGUAUGGCCUGAAGCUAAGAGAAGGUAUUGUUGCAGACACUUAAGUAGAAAUUACAAGAAAGCUUUCCCAGGUCCACUUAUGUACAUCCUAUUCUGGAGAGCUUGCAAUGCUACUAACAAGUUCACAUUCAGAAAGGCAAUGGAGAGACUUCAGAAAGAAGGUGGUGAGGAUUUCAUGCUAUGGCCAGUAUUGACUCUACUAGAAGGUAUAAGGAGAGUGUGCAUGGUCAGAAUAGCUUCAAGACAUGAAGCUGCAAUGGCAAUGAGUGAUGAUGAAAUCUGCCCCAAGAUAGCAAAAUUGGUUAGAGACAACAACAAAGCAACAACAACCUGUAGAGCUUUCCAGUCAAGUCUCGGUGAAUAUGAGAUUCAUGAAGGGAAAUCAUAG